CAGAAAGAACUAAUGCUAGAUCUUGAAUCGAGCUUUGUUGUCGACUGGUUAUUUGAUAUUAUUUUCCUAAUUAUUUAAAUUAGUGGAUGAUGUUCUCGUUAUAAACUUAAGCACAGAUAUACAUCAGGUGUUGCACAAUCGAUGCAAGUCAGAGUAUGAGCGAGUCGAACAGGGCGAGUUCCAGUUAUGUUGGAAAUAUCCCACGUUUUGAUUUCUCUUUUGAGACUGGCAGUGAAACCUCCGACAUCCGGGGAACACCAUCGGUGGAAUCUAUAUUCAAUUUUACAGAUGUUAUUCCAGCUUUUAUUGAAUCGCCAUUUCUGAACCAGAGACGUCGUACAACCCCGGUACACGUAUUCGACUUCCGGAAGCCAGUCGCUCCUCUUGAGUUACUGCAGGCCAGUCGCAUUGUUUUGGAAGAUGAUCUUAUGGACACAAACUCAUUAUCAGGAAAGUUGAAUGUACUACCGGAGUAUGUAAUAGUCAGUUCUGACAGUACGAAAAAGAUUGCAGUCAUAGUGGAUCGGUUAUAUACAAAGAGAAAUCUAUUUUUACUAAUAAACUGUUAUCAUGAUAAUUAUCCCAGAAUUCUCUACUGUGUAUGUGUAGAUGAACACAUUACUGUGUCUCAACUGAUUUAUGCAAUUUCAGAGAAACAGGCACAGAAAGAUCAAGGAAAGGUAUGUUUGCUUGUACAAGGACGAAUUGUUCACAGUUCUGCAGAAAAGGUUAUUAACCUCGGUUUAAAUAACCUUGUAGAAUGCAAACCCAUCAAUCAGCGACCAAUAACUUUAAAAUGUCGUUAUCAUGUAACACCAAAAGUGGAAUUUCUGUAUUACCUGGAAUGCACGAGCACGGACUCUGUUCGGGAAGUAAAAGACAAAAUAUAUUCGCAGUUGGGAAAAGAAUUUCCAAACAUUUUGCAUCAAGGAGACGAGAUUGUCAUUUCUUGUGAUACUGGCAUUUUAGAGGACAAUGGUUAUUUGUUUCCUAGCGAUGAAGUGAGUUUAUCUCAGAUUGAUGUAUUUCGUCGCGUGCCAGAGACCAUCACAAUUCAGACCAAAAGAGGUGAUAGUAUACCUAUUGUUGCUGUCUACAAUGGCCUUAGGACUACCAUCGUAAUACAACGAAAUAUAUCAACAGAAUAUCUACGGUAUAAAAUCGGAAAGCACAUUAAGAAACAUCCACAGGCUUUAAAGCUGAAAAUAAACAACACAAAAGUACCAGACAUCAACAAUCUUGCGAAGUUAGAUUCGUUCACCAGCAACUGCGAGAUACAGGUUGUAUUCUCAAAGAAAACCACAUUCCAAAUGAUAUUUGCAAAUGAUAGCACUGAUUCCAGAAUCGUGGACAUGUACAAAAAUGAUAAAGUUUGUCAAUUAAAGGAUAUCAUAGCUUCGUCUAUCGGAGCCAGACCUUUUGAUCUACAAUUGUGUCACUCUGGAACGCAAAUGGACGAUAACAAACGGUUGAAAGAAUACUAUAUCAGGUCUGAUGGGAUAAUCGAGGUGGUUGUACUUGAAAAUCGCAUAAAACUCAUGAUCAGAUGUUGCUGGUAUCCACCACUGAUUAUUGCCAUAGAUAAUUCGCGAAAUACCACGGUACUGCAGCUGAAGACUUUCUUAUCGACGAUACUGAACUUGAGGGUUUUCAAAAUGAACAUUGUCUUUAAAGGAACGUCUCUGCGUAACUGUGCCACUGUUUCUGAAUCAGGUAUCAGGUGUUAUAACACACUCGUUGUGUGCAUGUUUUCACACAGCGAAAGGAACAAUGACAAAGGCAUUUUUAGACGGAUCUCGUUGGACGGUGAGGGAACAGUUCAUUUGGAUGAAGCAGUUAUAAUGAUGGAUGGAGACGUUUUGGGUUUCCGAGAAUUUAAAGACUUGGAUACACUACCAGGCUAUUGUCAUCAAAAUGAUGAACGGCAGGGUUCACACAGAGGUAUACGACUCCUAGACGAUGAUCAGAAAGGAGAUGCCUUUAAGCUGUAUCGUCAGCAACGACAAAACACCGUGCGAUCAAGUCAGUCUGGGCACGUGACUUGGCACGACACGACACAUUCAACAGAAGGAUCUUCCACUAGCUCAGUCAUAUGCACCGAGAGAACAACAUAUCAGGAAGCGACCCACUGUGCUGAAAACAGAACUUCAACAACAGCAAUAUCACCGAGUUCAGUCACAAGAGAGUCACAGGCAUCGCUAGGGUCACAGAGUUUGGUAAAAAGUGAGUCACAGAGUUUGGUCAAAACAGAAUCAGAGACCGGACUCACAACAAAGCCACAGACUGUGUUUACAACAGAACAUCAGAGUGUGGUCCCAACCGAGUCACGAAGUUUAACACGUUACCAAAAUGCGGAUCAGUUUCAUGCAAAUGAAAUCAAGUCAAUGACUGUGAAAGACGGCUUUUACAACUUUACGUUUCAAGGUAGAUAUUCAACAGCAGCUGUAGAGAAACUAUUCGCGCGUGACCGUUCAUAUCCAGAUAUAUUGGCAGAGAUGACUCGGAGUGUUUCGCAGUUAUCAUUGCCAGAAAGCCCGGUAAAAGUUAUAGCUGAAAUAUUUUGA